GCCAGUACCUGUGCGACCGCGGCGCGCCUCGCACCGUUCGCUUGCAGCCCCAGCCCGGCCCAGUGCGUGUGUGUGUGUGUGUGUCAGGCACUUCGAUCCAGCGCGGGAAAUCGGCGUGAGACAGAAUGUUGGCGAUCCGAGUGGCGAUGGUGGCGCUCCUGGUGGCCUGCGCCGGCCUGGCGCACGCCGAGGAGUCCCUGCAGGACAUCGACAACAACGAGGUCCUGCCCGAGAACGACGUGGUGAUGGCUCGCGUUGACGAGGUGCCCGCCACGACCGUCGUGCCGCCGGGGUCCAGCGGCAUCCCGGAGACCACGCCGAUGCCGACGGCCGACCCCGCGGAGGGCAGCACCACGCCGAAGGAGACCGCCCCGCCGUCCACCGCCGCGCCCCCCAAGCAGCCCAGCAGCCUCGGCGACUUCCUCACGGAGAUCAUCCAGUUCCCCAUCGCCGUGCUCCGCUCCGUGGGCAGCCUGCUCCGAGACACCUUCUCCAGCGACCGGCGCACGACCGCCACCACCACGACGGCCGCUCCGAUCGACGCCUAGGAUGACGUCGUGCUCGGCGUGCCGCGUGCGUCAGAGGGCGUCCACAGCAUUCAACACUCCGAGUGCAAAGUCGGAUCGUGCUCUGACAGCGGCAGUGUAGCGGUUGCUCGCGUUUUGUAAACCGUUAUGUAAAGGCCGCAUGCAUCGCCUUCACGUUACCCAGUAUUACGUACUGAUUCUUUUAAGAAGCUAAUUCUCGCUUGCUCCAGCUGUUGGAGUUUAGCGCUCGCCGCCGAGCCUUGUGAGUUAUGUUAAUGCAUGCGCGCUCGGCGGCUGAGCUGGUUCGACUUGGAACCGCCGAGCUCGAAAAUUCCGUCCGCUUCAAAAGUACUUAAAAAAAGCGAGACUGUGCGAAGUCUUGCACAAUGACAAGACGAAGCCGAGAGGACCCGUCGUGGAAAUCCACUUACGUGCUGUGAUAACUUUGCGACGACUAGCGCCGCCGUUUGUAAGAUAAUGUAUUACCGUAAAGGUGAGCUAUUUUGUCUUCAAUAAAGAAAUCUGAUAGUCAA